UCCGGUGUGUUCAGAUAAUCCAGUAUGAAGUGGCUUGUGUUAGUUGUAAUAACCCUUGGCCUUGGAUUAGCCACGCCUAUCUCGUCCUAUAAUCAUUAUCGCCUGCCGACGGCUCUUCGACCUAUCAAGUAUGACCUGCACGUCCUAACCCAGCUGGAAAAUGCUGAUGCUUUUAGGUUUGCCGGAAGUGUGGACAUCAAAAUCCAAGUCUUGGAAAACACCAACAACAUAACUUUGCAUUCAAAGGAACUGACGAUCGAUGAGACGGCGAGCACUCUUCGCCAAAUUGGCGGAGAGGAUCUAAAGGAUAACUGCGUGUCCUCCACAGAGGUAAAUCCCGAACACGACUUCUAUAUCCUUCGCACCUGCAGAGAACUUUUGGCUGGUCAAGUCUAUAAGCUAAGUCUGCAAUUUUCGUCCACAUUGUCAGACCGAUUGGAGGGAUACUACCGCAGUUCCUAUGUGGAUCCUGCGGCCAAUGAGACCAGAUGGAUCUCAAUUACCCAUUUCGAACCAGCCUCCGCGCGCCUGGCAUUUCCCUGUUUCGAUGAACCUGGCUACAAGGCACCUUUCUCGAUCACAUUGAGAUAUCACAAGAAGUUCAGCGGACUUAGCAAUAUGCCCGUGAAGCGUACCGGGAAAGAUGAUUUCCUUCCCGAUUACAUAUGGACCGAGUUCCAGGAGUCAUUGCCGAUGUCCACCUAUCUGGUCGCCUAUUCCGUGAAUGAUUUCUCCCACAAACCAUCUACUUUACCCAAUGGCACACUUUUCCGCACCUGGGCAAGGCCAAAUGCGAUCGAUCAGUGUGGUUAUGCCGCGGAGUUCGGACCCAAAGUACUCAACUACUACGAGGAGUUGUUUGGCAUCAAGUUCCCGCUCCGCAAGGUGGAUCAGAUCGCAGUGCCAGACUUCAAUAUUGGAGCCAUGGAAAACUGGGGCUUGGUGACGUAUAGGGAAACUGCACUUCUAUAUUCGAGCGAAUUUUCCUCGCUGAAGGACAAACAGGAACUCGCGAAUGUGGUGGCUCAUGAAUUGGCACACCAGUGGUUUGGCAACCUGGUGACCAUGAAGUGGUGGACCGACCUCUGGCUUAAGGAGGGAGUAGCCACCUACCUGGCUACUUUGUGUGUGGAGCACAUCCAUCCGGAAUGGCGUUCCAUGGAGCUAGAAUCUCUGGCCAACUUGCUAGCCAUUUUCCGAGAGGACUCUCUGGAGAGCAGUCACCCCAUUUCGAGACCCGUCGGGAAGGUAUCGCAGAUCUCUGAAAGCUUCGAUGCGAUCUCAUACGAGAAAGGUUCAUCUGUGCUUCGUAUGAUGCACUUGUUCCUGGGCGAGGAGGCAUUCCGGAACGGACUGAAAUCGUAUUUAAAUAGGUACGCCUACCAGAAUGCGGAGCAGGACAAUCUUUGGGAAUCUCUCACCCUAGCUGCCCAUAAGACUGGUUCUCUACCAAUGGACUACGACAUCAAGACCAUCAUGGACUGGUGGACCCUGCAAACGGGGUAUCCGGUGAUUAAUGUGACACGUGACUACACAUCAAGGACCGCAAAUCUCAGCCAGGAGCGCUAUCUCCUGAAUUCAGAUGUAUCUAGAGCACACAAAGGAUGCUGGUGGGUGCCACUUAGCUACACAAGUCAGGAGGAAAAGGACUUCAACAACACUGUGCCCAAGGAGUGGAUGGAGUGCACCGAGACUGGUGAAAGUGUUCCCAAGACCAUCGAGGAUCUGCCAGGACCCGAUCAGUGGGUGAUCUUUAACAACCAACUUUCGGCGCCGUAUAAGGUCAACUACGAUGCCCAGAACUGGAAACUUCUGAUCGAGACUUUGAACAGCGAGGAUUAUCAGUCCAUCCAUGUGAUCAACAGGGCCCAGCUCAUAGAAGAUGUCCUGUUCUUCGCUUGGACAGGGGAGCAGGACUACGAGAUCGCUUUGCAGGUGAUCAGCUAUUUGAAAAGGGAACAGGAGCUUCUUCCCUGGAAAUCGGCCUUCGACAAUCUAAAGCUGGUGAAUCGAAUUGUCCGACAGACAUCAAGCUUUGAGUUCUUCAAGAGCUUUUUGAAAAAGAUUAUCACACCUGUAUAUGAGCACCUGAAUGGCAUCAACGACACAUUCAGCGCGAUUCCGCAGCAGGAUCAGGUGCUGCUGAAGACAAUGGUGGUUAACUGGGCGUGUCAGUACCAGGUGGGCGAUUGUGUGCCCCAGGCCCUGGCCUACUACCGCAACUGGCGAGCGGAGGCUAAUCCCGACGAGAAGAACCCGGUUCCGAUCAACGUUCGUAGCACUGUGUACUGCACCUCCAUUAAGCACGGAUCCGAUUCGGAUUGGGAGUUCCUGUGGACGCGCUACAAGAAGUCCAAUGUAGCGGCUGAGAAACGCACCAUUCUGACUGCUUUGGGCUGCUCGAGGGAGGUGUGGCUGCUGCAGCGCUAUCUGGAGCUGAUCUUCGACGCCAAGGAAGGUAUUCGCAAGGGGGAUUCGAAGUGGGCGUUCCAGGCGGUGGCCAAAACGGAGGUCGGGUUCCUUCUGGCCAAGAAGUACUUUAUGGACAACAUUGGGCCUAUAAGUGAUUACUAUAAUCAGCUAAUCAAGAGCAUUUCCCGACUUCUGGAACCCAUUCAAAAGCAGAUUUACACCCGGAAGGACUACGAUGAGUUCAAGCAAUUUUUGGCCGGUUCCCAGGAGUUCCUUGAGGGUUCGGAGGAGGCGAUUCAACAGACUUUGGAGAUAAUACUGACCAAUGUGCAGUGGCAGGAGCGAAACUAUGAUCAGUUGACACGGGCAAUCAAACAUCUCCUGUAGACUUUCUACACAGUUCACUCUCUCUAUCGAGUUAGUAAGCAACUAAAC